AUGAAUGUCGAAUGGAAUACCAGCAACUGCUGUCUGGUGGACAUAUGUGACUUCCUGGAAUGUGUUCACUUCAUGGGGCCAAGAGUGCUGGUCGAUCGAGUGAAAAUGCUGGCCAUCCUGACCAGCAGGAAAAGCGAAAUCAGCAAUCUAGAACUUAGAGUGCAGCACCUUGAAAAGAUAUACCACAUUGAAAGACACACCGAUGGUGGAAGCGCGAUGGUGGAAAGCGACUUGGAGACCGAAGAACCCUAUGCCAUGGACCAUGAGCAAGGCGAAAAUGAAAGCCUGUCAGAUCGUGGUGAUGAGACGGAUGAUUCGGUCACGGAUGUAUAA